GUGGGCGUGGUGAUAAUGGUAAAGACCACAUGGUUCUGGAAAUUUCUGGAAAGGCAAAGAGCUGCUCAUCUUUAUAAAAUUGCUACUGAAAGGCUAUUGACAGUACAGCUAAAUAUCAGUGUGAAAACGAGUUGCAAUGUCUGUGGUUGGGUUUGAUAUUGGUUACCAGUCGUGUUUCGUGGCCAUAGCCAGACAUGGCGGAGUGGAGGUGAUUGCCAACGAGUACAGUGACAGGAGAUCACCUACAAUAGUUACGUUUGGUGAGAAGCAGCGAAUGAUGGGCAUCUCUGCCAAGAAUCAGCAAGUCAUGAAUUUCAAGAACACUCUGUACGGGUUCAAAGUCCUUCUGGGCCGCAAGUACUCUGACCCCUUCGUACAGAACGAGCUCAAGAUGCUCCCUUUCGAGAUCGUGGAGUCACCAAAUGAUAAGAUUGGGAUUAAGGUGAAGUACAGUGAGGGGGAGAAAGUGUUCACUCCAGAGCAGGUCACAGCAAUGAUGCUCACAUAUCUCAAGUCCGUGGCAGAGAAGGCUCUUGGCAAGCCAGUCGUUGAUUGUGUUGUCUCGGUACCCUCUUACUUCUGUGACUCCCAGAGGAGGGCCUUCCUCGAUGCAUGCUCCAUUGCAGGCCUCAACUGCCUAAGAUUGCUUAAUGAAACCACUGCAGUUUCCCUGGCCUACGGGAUAUACAAGCAAGACUUGCCUGGAGAGAAUGAGAAGCCACGUAACGUUGCGUUUGUUGAUAUGGGCCACAGUGCAUUACAAGUGAGCAUCUGCUCAUUCCAGAAAGGGAGGCUAAAGGUUUUGUCCAAGUCAUGUGCUGGUAUUGGUGGGCGUGACAUGGAUACGUGUCUGUUCAUGCGCUUUGCCGAGGACUUCAAGAAAAAGUACAAGAUAGACGCACUGACUCGCCCGAAACAAAUGCUGCGCCUGCUUACAGAGUGUGAAAAGGUCAAAAAGGUCAUGAGCACUGUCACCAAUCCUCAGACCCUCUCCAUCGAGUGCUUUGCCGAUGACAAAGAUGUAACUGGGAAAACAUCCAGAGAGGAGUUCAAUACGAUGUGUGCUGACUUGAUGCUUCGAAUGAGGAACACUCUCGAGAUGGCCAUUGCAGACUCAGGACUCACUCUGGCUGACUUGGACUCUGUUGAGGUGGUGGGCGGUAGCUGUCGUGUUCCCAUGGUGAAAGAGGUCAUUACAGAUGUGUUCAAACGUGAGAUCAACACAACUCUUAAUCUUGACGAGGCUGUAGCUCGAGGGUGUUGCCUGCAGUGCGCCAUCUUGUCUCCCUCCUUCAAGGUGCGUGAUUUCAGCAUCACGGACACUCAACCGUACUCCGUCAAGCUCAGGUGGCAGGCAGCCAUUGAGGGGGAGGAAGGUGAGAUGAUAGUGUUCAAGCCUGGAGACGCCAUCUACCACUCGAAGGUGCUCACCUUCUACAGGAAACAGCCUUUCUCCCUGCAUGCAGAGUACGCAGAACCAGCCAAUAUACCAGUGUCAGACCCCAGAAUAGGUACCUUCUUUGUAAAGGAUGUGGUACCCACAGCUGAAGGAGAAGCGUCCAAAGUAAAAGUGAAAGUACGGAUGAAUAUCCAUGGUGUUUUCUUUCUCAAGUCGGCCACCAUGAUAGAGAAACUCAAGCCAGAAGAGGUGGAGCUACCUUCUGUUGAGAGUAUGGACACUAGCAUCUCUGAGCCAAAGCCCGAGGAGCCAGCUGAAGGUGCUGGGGACGUGGAUAUGACCGCACCCCCUGAACCAGCCCCUGCCCCUGCUGAUGAGGGGGAGAAGAUAGACACACCCACUGAGGGUAUGGACCAAGGUGCCGAGACUGAGGGUACAGACCAAGGGGCCGGGGCUUCCAGUCAGGACUCAGAUAGCAGUCCCAAUCUAGAGAACAAAGCUGAUGCAAAUACAAAAGAUGGCAAAGUUGGCAAAGAGCCUGAGACUAAGAAACCUAAGAAGCCUACAAUAAGACAGGUGGAUCUGCCCAUUGAUGAAGAAACACCAUCUCUGAGGAAGACACAGCUCACCAAAGCAAACGAGGCAGAGGUAAACAUGAACUACCAGGACCAGCUUGAGACACAGAGGACUGACUCUAAGAAUGCAGUGGAAGAGUAUGUGUACAGCAUGAGGGAGAAACUUGAAUCUUCUCUCAGUGACUUCAUCUCCGAGUCUGACAAGGAGUCCUUUAGGAGUCUGCUCUCCUCCACAGAGGACUGGCUUUAUGAGGAGGGAGAGGACCAGCCCAAGAAGGUGUACGUGGAGAGAUUGUCUCAGCUGCAGAAGCUGGGGGCACCAAUAGAGAGGAGGCAAGAGGAACAUGAGGGGAGGCCGGGAGCUUUUGACCUAUUGGGUAGCAAGAUUGUGCACCUUGAGAAGAUUCUGGUUCAGUUCGACUCUGGAGACGAGGUGUUCAACCAUAUCGAAGGGACUGAAAUGGACAAAGUGAGGGAACAAGUGGUGGCCAAGAGGGAGUGGCUUAACACAAACAUGGCCGCCUGUCAUUCGCUGCCCAAGAGUACUGACCCUACAACCACUUGUGCCCAGAUCAGAGCAGAACUAAAGCUUUUGGAGACGGCCUGUCAGCCAAUUGUCAGCAAGCCUAAACCAAAGGUGGAGCCUCCUAAAGAUGAGACUACUACUAAAGAGGAAGAGCCGGAAAGUGAGGAGGCUGCAAAGGAGGGGGAGAAGAUGGAAGAGGACCCCCAACCGACGGGUGACAACAGCAAAACAGAUGAUAUGGAUUUGGACUAACCAAUUAGAAGACAAUUUUACCUUGACUUAUCUAUAUUACUUUCAAAUAUUAAUUUGGUUUGUCAGUGCAUACUGCUAAUAAUUUAUUGAUGGUUUAAUAAACACAAGAAAAUCGA